AUGGUUUGAUCCACUUGAUAAUUAUGAAUCUUCCAAUAUUUUUAUAUGUUUUGGCCCCAAGUAGAUUUUGUUUCUACCGCCGCCACUGCAUACAUGUAUCACUUUUGAUCGAUUCAAAUGCGUCUUAUUGUGUUAGUUAAAUAUAUAUACAGAUAAUAAAAUGAUUCUAUAGAGAUGCAUGAAGAAACAGAUACAUAUAUACCAUAACUCACAUAUUGUGAUUAUAGUUCGUGAGUGGCUGUUAUCACUGUGUGGUAGAUGACAGAUAGAUACACUCAUUUACUGCUCUUCACCAAACCCCUUCCCCCACCCCCCUAUAAACCUCUCAAAUUCUAUUCCCCUCACCCCAGAAUCAACCCGAAAAUUUUAACUUUCAAGCUCAAACAACUUCACAAUAUGGCUUUCCACUUCCGGCGACUUUGCUUGUCCUCAGCUCUUCUGGCGUUGGUUCUCCAACUCCUGCAUGGCGUAUCCAGCCAACUUGUUGUGGUCGAGGACCCUGUUUCUGCUCCACCGCCACCAUUAGUUGUGGUUAAGGACCCGGUUGUUGCUCCUCCGCCUACAUUGUUUGAACAAGACGGCAGUGUGCCGGCACUGUUUAUCUUUGGUGACUCUCUCAUAGACAAUGGGAACAAUAAUAACAUCCCUUCUUUUGCUAAAGCUAACUACUUCCCUUAUGGCAUCGAUUUCAAUGGCGGUCCGACCGGUAGGUUCUGCAAUGGCUUGACCAUGGUCGAUGGUAUUGCGCAACUAUUGGGGCUGCCACUGGUUCCGGCGUACUCGGAUGCAACCGGAGAUCAAGUGCUUCGUGGUGUCAACUACGCUUCCGCAGCAGCUGGAAUUCUUCCUGACACCGGAGGAAACUUUAUGGGGCGAAUACCGUUCGACCAGCAGAUUCAUAACUUUGAGACAACGUUAGAUCAGGUGGCUAGUAAUUACGGUGGUGCAGUGACCAUUGCAGACUCGGUGGCUAGAAGCUUGUUCUUCAUUGGAAUGGGAAGCAACGACUAUCUCAACAAUUACUUGAUGCCCAACUUCCCUACCCGCAACCAAUACAACGCUCAACAAUUCGGUGACCUCUUGGUUCAGCAAUACACCAAUCAACUCACCAGAUUGUAUAAUCUAGGUGGUAGGAAAUUUAUAGUGUCCGGACUUGGCAGAAUGGGAUGCAUUCCGAGCAUUCUAGCUCAAGGAACCGACGGUAAAUGCUCGGAAGAAGUUAACCAACUUGUUCUUCCUUUCAACACAAACGUCAAGACAAUGAUCACUAAUCUCAACCAGAAUCUCCCUGAUGCUAAAUUCAUUUACCUCGAUACUGCUAAUAUGGUCCAAGACAUCACCACUAACCAAGCCGUCUAUGGGUUUACCACUUUGGACAAGGGAUGUUGUGGGAUAGGACGGAACAGAGGACAGAUCACUUGUCUUCCCUUUGAAACGCCUUGCCCUAACAGAGAUCAGUAUCUGUUUUGGGACGCUUUUCAUCCCACGGAGAAAGUUAAUCUCAUUAUGGCUAAGAAAGCGUUUGCUGGUGACCGCACUGUUGCGUUUCCUAUCAAUAUUCAGGAACUGGCUAGUCUCAAUUAGAGACCACCAUCUUCUUAUUCAAGUCUUUGUAGUUUGUUCCUUUUUUUUUUGAC